GUGUAUCCGCCAUUCAUGCGAGGAGUCGAUUUCGUUGUUUCUGUGUGUGCAGGCACGAGCAACGACGGCGACGGCACGAGCCAGGCAGCGAGCCAGCCAGGCGCAGCAGCCAGCGAGCGAGAAGUAACGAGUACGUGGUGCAACGGUGAUAAGUUCGCGCGCGGCCCCACGAAAAUACGAUGCGAGCGCAUUAACUCCGCGAAUACGCUGCGAUAUACCACGCAGUGGCAGCGGCGGCGGCGGCGGCGGCGGGAGCGACGGUGACGACGGCGACGGCGACGGCGGCUAGCAGCAGCGGCGACAGCGACGGCCGACGGCAGUUUGUCGGAGCACGCUUCCCGUUUAGUACCUGAAACGACGAUGAUCCUUGGUCACGGUCCGCCGACGUAAGAGUGAGACAAGUGGCAUUUUGCGGAUCGGUAGGAAUGAUGCUAAUCAAAUAAUAGAGCGAGGAACAAAUUAAUCAGCUGGUACAAUAAAUAUUCGACGAGUAAUAUGGGAGCGUUUUUGGAUACUCCGAAGACAGAGAAGUGCAACGAGCAUGGCACGGGCAACGGUUUGCGGUACGGCGUCGCCAGCAUGCAGGGCUGGCGAAUGGAGAUGGAAGACGCUCACCGAGCCAUUCCCUGCUUGGAGGGUGGCCUCUCGGAUUGGAGCUACUUCGCGGUGUUUGACGGGCAUGCGGGUGCGCUGGUAUCGGCGCACAGUGCGGAACACUUAUUAGAAUGUAUAAUGCAGACGCAGGAGUUUAAGGCCGAGGAUGUUAUCAAAGGGAUCCACUCCGGAUUCCUCAGACUCGACGACGAGAUGAGAGAUUUGCCCGAGAUGAGCGCCGGCACAGACAAGUCCGGCUCCACGGCGGUGUGUGCAUUUAUAUCACCCAAAAAUAUUUAUAUCGCCAACUGCGGCGACUCUCGGGCGGUACUCUGCAGGGCUGGACUUCCAGUCUUCUCGACGCGGGAUCACAAGCCCGUCUUACCCGCCGAGAAGGAGAGAAUUCAGAACGCGGGCGGUAGCGUAAUGAUCCAAAGAGUUAACGGAUCUCUGGCGGUUUCCCGGGCAUUGGGUGAUUACGAGUACAAAAAUCUGAAAGAUCGAGGCCCCUGUGAGCAGUUAGUGUCGCCGGAACCAGAAAUAUUCGUGCUAGACAGGGACGAUGAACACGACGAGUUUCUAGUUUUAGCAUGUGAUGGCAUUUGGGAUGUAAUGAACAACGAAGAUUUAUGUAAUUUUAUACGUUCAAGGCUGCAGCUAACUGAUGAUUUAGAAGCAGUUACCAAUCUGGUUGUAGACACUUGUCUUUAUAAGGGUAGCAGAGAUAAUAUGAGUAUAGUUCUGGUAACGUUUCCGGCUGCACCAAAACCAAAUUCUGAAGCUCAGACGCAGGAGGCUGUGCUGGAAAUGGCAAUUGCAAGGAAAAUUAAAGAAAUAAUCGCCCAAGAGGAGGAUAAGAGUGAAUUUGACUACCUAAAAAUGCUUGAACUUCUUAGAGGAAGCGACCAAGAUUUUCCUUACCUGCCUCCUGGUGGUGGUCUUCACGCAAAGCAACCUUUCAUCGAGAAAAUGUUUCGAGAAAUGUGUCCCAGCAAAGCGCAUUCUAAUUCACAGAGCAGUUAAUGUAUACAAUAUGUAUACGAUUUCAUACAUGCGAAAUUGCAAUAGACUGGCCAAUCCGAAAGUGGUGAAAAUGAGAUAUCUAUCAUCAAGAGUCAUAAUGGAGUACUCUACAUGAGCAGAGACUGUGCAGAGUGGUAAUUGCAUAAUGUCAGUUUUUUUUUUAAGUCGUUACUUACGCGUAGUUAAAGGAACACAUUGUACAAAGCAUUUUCUCUUGUAAGAGUAAAACGGAAAAAGAUUGGGAAAAUUCUCUUUUAAUAUAUAUAUCUCAGACAUACAUUUUUUACUCCUUUUAUACAUCGAAUUAUACACGAAACAUCUUCACGAUAUGUGUUUAGUUGUAAUAAAAUUUUAUCAGCCUCAGCAGAGAUAAUCAUAACUUUGAAGUAAAAUUAUGCUACAUAAGUAACUGAUAACUAUGUAAAAAUGUUAAAUUAUUAUAAGAUUACUCUUGGUUAUUAAAUUAGAAAUCCCAAAUAUAUUGCCCAUAAUGUUAAAAAGGCUAUUCUAGGAUUUUAUAUAUAUAUUUCUUUGGAUUGAUACAUGUAAAAUUACAUUUAGUUUAUUUUAAUGAAAAAAAUGAACAUAGCAUAAUUCACAUGUAAACACAAUGUAUAUUAUGUAACUGUAGAAAAUUGAUGUAUUCUUCACUUGAUAUUGCUGUAUAAUUGUAUGCAUAACAGGCUUCAAGGCGUAGUUAAUUUUUUUAUAUUAUAUUUGGUUGUAUUGCACUUCUUAUGCAAUUAAAGCAAUUUUAUUCGACCCUAAAUAAAAUAAACCUCUUUGCUUUUUAUAUGAAAAUAGAAACCAAUAUUUAUGUAUUUCUUUUUCUAUUAUACAAGACUUAUUUAUCUGGCAUCUCUUAUUCCUUCGAUCUGCCUACUAGCUAAUUUAUUAUACUGGUUCAGUAGCAUA